AUGGAACUUAGUGAUUUAAUAUUAAUUCCAAAUCUCGACAAUGUUAUGUUAAUAGAUAAAAGUGAUGGCAAUAAUAAAUGCAUAGAUGGAAGAUUAUGUAUUAGUAGUCACCAUCUUCUUUGGUCAUCGCGACAAGACAGUCGGCAAGAGCUCUGGCUCUUGUAUCGAAACAUUGAUCUUAUAGAGAAGAAAUUAAAUACUCAAAGCCCAGGUGGUAGUGUAAUAUUAAAAUGCAAAGAUUUUCGAAUUUUACAAUUAGAUAUCAAUUCAACGGACGACUUAGCUAGUGUUGUUUUAUCUAUAGAAAAAUUAACAUCCCAAGAGCAAACUUUACAAUAUCCUUUCUUUCACAGACCACAGGCUAUUGGUAAUAUUUCUGUACAAGCAGAAGAUGGAUGGACUGCGUUUGCUCCUGUUUCUGAGUGGUCGAGAUUAUUAACUGCUCAUGCAGAUGAGUGGCGUAUCAGUUAUUUAAAUAAAGACUACAAAGUUUGCAAUUCUUAUCCUUCCGCUGUUAUAGUACCUCGUCACGUAGAAGAUAAAGUUAUAAUAUCGUCUGCUAAUUUUAGAGAUGGUGGGAGAUUUCCUGUUUUAUGUUACAGACACAAUGGAGGGAGUGUCUUGUUAAGAAGUAGCCAACCCAUGUGCAGUACUACCGGCAAGAGAUGCAAAGAGGAUGAAAGAUUAUUAAACGCGGUGUUAGGUCCGGGCAGACGCGGUUAUAUAGUAGAUACGAGAUCCGUUAGUCAAGCUCAUAGCUCUAGAGCCAAAGGAGGUGGUACAGAAAUGGAUGCUGCUUAUCCACAAUGGCGGAAAGUACACAAGGCAGUCCCACGUCCACACGACUUAGCGGAUAGUUUUUUUAAAUUGAUAGAAGCUUGUAACGAUGUAACGUGUUCUACUUCUCAGUGGCUCUCGAGACUCGAUAGCUGUGGGUGGUUAUCCGCUGUACAAAGUGCUUUAAAUGCUGCUUGUGUAACUGCUCAAUGUCUUCACCAAGAAAUUGCAGCUGUAUUAGUUCAUGGAAGCGCCGGUAGAGAUUCUACUUUAGUGGUAACUAGUUUAGCCCAAGCAAUAUUAAAUCCUGACUGUAGAACAGUGCGCGGUCUUCAGGCUUUGAUUGAACGCGAAUGGAUACAAGCAGGCCAUCAGUUUUUUAAUCGAACACGUCAUGGACCUUUCCACCCGGCAAAUUCACAAAGUUCAACACAUGCUCCAACUUUUCUUCUUUUUCUAGAUUGCCUUUACCAACUGCAUUAUCAGUUUCAAUUUAGCUUCGAAUAUACGGUGGAAUUAUUAUUUGAAUUAUAUAAUCACGCGUACUAUUCCAAUUAUGGAACAUUUUUAGGUAACUCAGAAGCAGAGAGAGUCAGUCUUAGAUUAUCGGAAAGAACAUAUAGCUUAUGGUCAUACAUAAAUCAACCGGAAAUGCUAGAGAAAUGGUUGAACCCAUUGUACGAACCAAAUCCAAGUGUUAUUUGGCCCAGUGUCGCGCCAAUUAGUAUUCAAUUGUGGAAAGAUCUUUAUCUCGCUCGCACAACCGUUGCUCCAUGGAAAGGUUUAUCGUCAUGCGUAAAGCAAAUAAAACAGAAUUACAUGGCAGUAAGAAAAGUUGCUAGUCAAUUGCGAGUCCAACUCAAGAGAUCUAUAGAAGAAAUACGGACGGACACGGAUACAACUUGUGAAACAGAAACUCAAGAUGAACACAACUGCAUAGCACAGUUAAGUCUAGAAUCUCAAAAUACCUGA